UACGUCUUGUGCCCCAUCAUAGCGUAGCAGAAAGUAUCCAUACGCCGCUAUAUAGACCGUCAGCGAUAGGGGAUAUAAUCUCUGAUACAGAUAUUAAAGUAUGUGUAUCAGGUGUAGAUGCGCACAGCAGCUGCUAUUUUCUUAUUCUUAUGAGAUACUUGACCAUACAGCCGUUUUCUAUAUUAAUUAAGGAAGCACCGAAAAGGGAAGGUGGCGGAGUGAUAUUGAAAAGAGGAGGGGUUUAGGGUAGCCGUUAAAGGCGAGUCCAGUUGCCCCUCUGUCAGUGUGUUCAUAGACUGUCAGUGUUCAGGAGAGUCAGCCUGGCUUUUAUUUCAAACGGAUUUUGCCGUUAACCAGCCACCACAUCUUCACCCAAAUGGUAAGGAACGCCGCAAUCACUUGUCUUUUUGGGGUAGAAUCAAGCGCUCUUUAUUUUACGGCCAUCUUUUUUUGGAAUUUGGUUAUUAUAUGUUAAUAAAACGCAGGGUUUGUAGUAGUAGCUCUUACUUGAGCUGCGCGCUCUAACGCUGCGGAUCCUACUCGCGUCCGCCCAGCCUCUCUAGUUUUUACGAUCCAAACUGCUGCCUCGACGGAUGUUUUACUUAUCAGUGUAACGUUUGAUUUGUGAGGCGGAUUGCUUUGUCACAGUGAGAGGGAAAAUAUGCUAAAUGUGUCUCUUUCAGUGGGCCAACGCCGUAACGUUAACGACUGCAGUGUCUGCCGGAGUAAUGACAGUUCUCUAGUUGCUAGGUGAUGCUAGCUUGUUCGACUAAGCUAGCGUUGACUUACCCGUGUUGGUUUGAAUGAACCGAGCACUCGCGUCGCCUCGUACAUUGCGUUUGUGUUACUUUUAUCCGAUUUUGCUGCGAGGAAUAAGACGGAAUUUAUAAGUAACGACCCUCUGCCUGUUAUGAAUGCGGUAUCAGUCAAAACUAUAAAACGGGUUUGUCGAAUGGCUGCAACACGAAGCCGGUAGUUAGCUAACGUUAGCGCUCCGAUGCUAACCCUUACCGCCAAAUUGUUCAUUCAUUGUGUGCGGCAAAAUUGGCGUCAUCGAACAACCUUUUUUUCCCUCCAAACUUUAUUGAACGAUAACCGAAUGUACAAACAGUGCAGACCUGUGCUCGGUAGAAUGAUAAUAUAGCUUUGCGAUGACAUUAAAGAGCAGAAUUAUUUCAAGCCGUAGCGUCUCCUUGUCUCUGUGUUUGUAAAAUAGACAUAAAAUGGACAUACAGUUUGAUUCAGUAUGCUGAUGAAACCUCUCAUUGCAGUGUCUGCUGUAACAGCGAAGCCAAGAGUCAAAUGCCAAUUUGAAUGGCGCAGAAAUACUUUGAAUUUCAAAUAUUUUGUGAGCUAAGAAGAGAAGUUAUGGCUGGAUAUCCUGCCUGGUAAUAUUCAGAGUAAAACAGUGUCAUAUUUAAACCUUAUUGUAAAUUGAAACCAUGUUAUUCUUGCAAGUGCAACCAUUCAAGUACUGUAUCUGAACCCAUACCUAAAAAUUGUGAGAUUUGAAUGAUAUCUAUAAUAUUGAAGGAUCAUAUGUCAAUAAGCUCUCUUUUGCAUCACAAAGAGAAAUCUCUAAAUGAUCAUAUUCAAUGGCCUGACUCCCACCACUUAACUGUAAAAUGAUGUGCUUGCAUAAUUUUUCACAAAAUGGACGGCCCCAGCUUUGAGGCCCGACAUGGAUCUUAAGAUUAUUUAAUGAUUUUAAAGAUGUUAAGAGUUAAAAGUGAAUGUGUUUGUGAUUUAGCUUGUAUUAAAUUAUUCCUUUUUUUUACUUGUUUUCAGGCUGAUCAGCUUACAGAGGAGCAAAUUGCCGGUAAGACAUGGCUCUCCUGCUUUCCUCAUGUCCUGCAAAGCUGGCUGUGCUGUGUUAUGGAUCCUGGCAGUGGAUUUACACUUUUGCCUUUUAAGGCAUUCGACAGGGCGGCCUACUGGUCAUAAAACAGGAAUGAAUGAAACGGCUGUUGCUUGCUGGCUCUGCUCUGCAGUGCAGGACUCCCUCAUGGAAAACUUUGCAUUUUUAUGGUUGGCUUUGUAAUAAAUGAUGUAAUCUGAAAAGGCCGUGUAUCCUGGCGUGAGCAGUCCACUUUUUACGCUCUGUGCAUGAGGCGUCCUUUUGACCUGGGUGUGUUCUUAUUGGGUUGCAUGUUUCAAGAAACAAUCGCAGUAAGGCUUGAGUCAAGUGCACCAUUAUCUGAGACGAAAUGAACACCUCAUGUGAAGAAAGGAGUGUCUCUGAAGGCAUUACUGCCAGUAUGUGUAAAGGGAUGCCUGCUGUAUUUCUAAAACAGGUUUUAGUUGGAUUGAUUUACUUUUCACUCUCUGUGGAUCAGAUCUCAGCCUUCACAAGAACCUGAUCAUGAUAGUCCAGCUUUUCCCUGAAUCAGCUGUCAUGCUUACAUCUGUUUAUUUGUUAAGACAUGGCUGUACUUGCAUGCUGUGGAGACUUUGAGUGGCUGCAGUGAUUCUUGGUUUUGAUGGCUAUCACACACACCCUCCUCCCCUUCUGUCUAUUUCCUGCAGUCCAUGCAAACAGCAGGACUUCCCUCACAACAAAAGAGGGUGUUGGCCUCUGUGCUUGACCCUACAAAUGGCGGGGAAGGUUGUGGUUUUUACGAUGCUGACAAGCUGCCGCAUGCCACUCCAACAGAGCCCAUUGGCCUCAUCACACUUGAUGAGCGUGUCAUUGUCCACAUCCCUCACAGCUCAGCGACCUGCACAGACUUGUCAUUCUGCUAGCUCUCGUGCUCGCCGUCCUUGUUUAGCCACAAACGAUGGCAGUUGGAAGUAAAAACAUUGGAGCUGGUCAGCCUGCUGCAGCUGGUUUAUACCUAAAACAUGAUGCAGUGGCCUUUUACAUUGGCUUGUGUUGGUGUGAUUUGCUGAUCUUAAAGUUUAUCUUGCAAGAUGGGCAUUCACAUGAUCUUUCUCUCAGGCUCAAGCCUUUGUUGUGUUUUAAAUGUGAAAGUUGCUGUCAUAGGGUCCUGUCAGUCUUGAUGUGCAGGUAUCCUCUUGCCGUUCUAAAAAAGAGCCCCUACUUUUUAUUUUUUUUCUACAGAGUUCAAGGAGGCAUUUUCGCUCUUUGACAAAGAUGGAGACGGUACCAUCACCACCAAAGAGCUGGGCACAGUCAUGCGCUCUCUGGGCCAGAACCCCACAGAGGCUGAACUGCAGGAUAUGAUCAAUGAAGUGGACGCUGAUGGUGAGAACUGUCUGCAACUACACACACACACACAGACACACACACACACACACACACAUACACUCAACAUGAAUAUGUUGGAUCCCUGGUUAAUGCCUGUCUGCUGUCUCCAGGUAAUGGAACGAUAGACUUCCCAGAGUUCCUGACUAUGAUGGCCCGGAAGAUGAAGGACACAGACAGCGAGGAGGAGAUCAGAGAAGCAUUCCGUGUCUUUGACAAGGUAAGCUCUGUCUGUACACACAGAUGGACAUGCAAACACACAUACAAACAAAAGUGCAUCGGUUACUAACUGACGUCUGUGUGUUCAGGAUGGUAAUGGAUACAUCAGCGCUGCUGAGCUGCGUCAUGUUAUGACAAACCUCGGGGAGAAGCUGACCGAUGAGGAGGUGGAUGAGAUGAUCAGAGAAGCAGACAUUGACGGAGAUGGACAGGUCAACUAUGAAGGUCAGUACAUGUAGUAUUUUUUGUUUUGAUAAACUUCCUGACUCAUCCAUCACGUACUGAGUCCAACAUUUUGUUUCUCCCUCUCUCACCUGCAGAAUUCGUACAAAUGAUGACGGCGAAGUGAAGGCCUUGUACAGAUUUCGUAUAUAAAUAAUUUGCCUUUUUUUCUUUGUGUAAUUUAUCUGUAAAAUCUUAAUAGCCCCCUUCGUCCCGCCCCCUCUGCUGUCCAAAGGAACUGCAUGUAAACUGCAUAGGCUCUUGUCCCCAUGUCCCUUUCUUUUGCUGUCAUGGUGUUUUGGAGUGACAGAAUGGUCAUACAACCAGAAGCCUGCGGAGGCCCCUGGGAGCCGGAGAACUUCGUAUCUUCCCGUCUUGUGUGCUCGGGGCCCCAUUUCGCAUGGCGACAUUGGAAACCUGUCAGCUGGUUGUCACUUGGCAACACUGUUGGCAUGGAAACAAUGUAGAGGAGUUUAAACUCUGCAUGGACUACGGACAAAGUAUAUAUGGAAAUCUCUCAGCAUUGCACUACUGCAAAAAAAUGACACGGGUGUAUCUCCUAGGUACUCGUACAAACUCUUUUUGUAUCUGCUGUUCUAUACCAGAAAACGACUAAUCUUACCAUGCUUUUUAAUGUUUUACUCACGACUUUUACUUUUCUUUCUUUUCUCUUUAUUUUAUGACCUCUGGUCAUGCCUCAAAUAAUCCAUUCCAAGUUGUAUAUUUUUGUUUUCCAAUAAAAUUUACAAUCUACCCGGAUUUGAAAAUUGUCUUGUUUUCUCAGUUCUAAUGGAUCCUUGAGUUUGUAUACCCCUGUAAUAAUUCCCAUUUUUGUAUCGAGGACAGGAUGCUCCUUUUUUUGAUAGGAUCUUUUAUUUUUCUUGUUGCUUAGAAUACAUAUAAAAAUGUUUACCAUUUUAAAUUAAGUGUCCCCCCUGUUACGUCCCCAAAGCACUGAGGAGCAUCAGCCAAUGCCUCUUAAUGUUCAGAUUCGCUCAGAUCAAAUCUGUAUUGUCAUCGAAAUAAAAAAAACAGUGAGUGGGAUCAAAGGCUUGUAAUUUGAAGUGCACACAAUGGUUCUGACAUUGAAUUAGCCUUCUUCUGUCCAGCUCCCCCACUGACUGCAGGCCAUGUGUUGUCUGCUGCUGAUGGCACCAUGUAGAAGCUGCCUCAUGUCUUAUUUGGCAUUUGCCCCCCCUCAAGUGAUGCGUUGCAGGUGAUUGAGCAUACAUCAGAAACAUGGUGUAAAUAGAGGUGUACCUGUUCUGUUUUUUUUUUUUUUUUAAUUUCUGAUUAUUGAGUUUGUUACAGUAGCUUGCAGAGAUACUAAGUUUGUUAUUUUGAUGAAUGACAAAAUAAAGCUCUAUUGUGGACCUCAGA